AUGAGCGGGAAGUCUCUGCUGCUGAAAGUCCUCCUCCUGGGCGACGGGGGUGUUGGCAAGAGCUCCCUCAUGAACCGCUAUGUCACUCACAAGUUUGACUCCCAGGCCUUCCACACCAUCGGGGUGGAGUUCCUCAACCAGGACCUGGAAGUGGACGGACGCCUCGUGACUCUCCAGAUUUGGGACACGGCGGGACAGGAGCGCUUCAAGAGCUUGCGGACACCCUUCUACCGCGGCGCGGAUUGUUGCCUCUUGACCUUCAGUGUUGAUGACCGCCAGAGCUUCGAGAACUUGGGCCACUGGCGGAAGGAGUUUGCCUGCUACGCCAAUGUCAAGGAUCCGGAGCACUUCCCCUUUGUGGUGCUGGGCAACAAGGUGGACAAGGUGGAGAGGCAGGUGGCAGCAGAGGAGGCCCGGGCAUGGUGCUUGGCACACGGGGACUACCCUUACCUGGAGACAAGUGCCAAGGACGAUACAAAUGUGGCGGUGGCUUUUGAGGAAGCAGUGAGGCAGGUGCUGGCCUUGGAAGAGCAGCUGGAGCAUUGCGUCCUGGCCCGCACGGUCGACUUGCACCGGAGUGCCAAGCGAGGCUCUUCGUGUUGCUGAGAGGUGCCAGUAUAGAACUGGCUGCUGUUUACGGAGGGAGAAAGGGGGGAGCAACGCAAAGGGAAGAGGGGAUCCUUGGCUUUUCUCUUUAGCCCACUCAGCCCUUCAGUGGUUGAACUGCCCUAGAGUAGCCCCUCAGCCUCCUGAUCAUGUGGUGUGGGGGUUAGGCUCUGGCGGAAGGCACUUCCUGUUCCCUCUCCUCUCCCCCUGCCCUGGGAGUUGGGGGCCGGGGUCCUUUGUCUGCCCCAUACACCUCAGCCCCUGAGCAGGACCAGGGAGAGCAGGAAUCGCUGGAGCUGUUGCACAGUCACCUGGUGGCAAGGAGACUGAGUCAUGUGGGACUUUCUGGCCAAGAUGCCUUGUGCUGAUGAGGUAUGUGUCAAAUGGGUGGGGGGAGUUGAGCAGAAUCCCCCCCCCCAUCUCUAUGGUUACUGUUAAUGCCAAGCAACAAGAGACCUCUGUGCUCUAUCUCCCCCCACUUCUGCCUUUGCUCCUGUGGAUUCCCCUGGAAGCUGCUUCAGGUGCCUUAGCUGGAAGUCGGGGAUAAGCCUCACUUUGACUUUGUAGGAAGCAUGAGCCGAGGUGGUGCAGUGGUUAGGGUGCGGUACUGCAGGCCACUUCAGCUGACUGUUAUCUGCAGUUC